GGAGGGGACGCAGGUAUGACUGGUUUUGGUGACAGUUGGAAGAGAGAUUGGACUUUACACGCUGAGAGAAGACGAGAAGAUCAGAGGCACAUGGACACUAUUAGAAGAUCACUGUUGAGACAGCCUUCCUCCUCUUCCUGCUCUAUCUAUCAUCGUCACUCAGUAGGAGGGGCUGAGGGUAACGAGGUGGGUGGGAUUGAGUUGAAGCUCGACCAACCAGAGUCCGAGGAGGAGCUAGAAGCGGAACCUAAAGGUGACAUCACUGCCUUGGUGUUACGGCAACCGCUGCAUCACAGGAAGACCGUAAUCUACCUAUGUCUCUCAACACUCAUAUUCACUACAGCGUUUCUAUUGGGCUACGUGGCCUUCCGUGGGUCGUGCCACUAUUGUGGUGUUGAGGGGGAGAUGGUCCCUGCGGAAGAUAAGCCUGGAACUGACCAUGACAACCUGGUGGGGGGUAUGUACCUGGGGGAACUACGGGACAUGCUGAAGAAAUACUUGCAAGAUGAGAAGAUAGAGAGCACUGUCAGGCGAGUCAGCAGGACGACCCACCCAUCGGGGUCCUCGGAGGGCACAACUCUGGCAGCAGAGAUACUAGAGACGUUUAAAGAUCUCCACAUGGACCACACCUGGACCGACUCACACUAUGCUACACUACAGUUCCCCUCCAGGAUCCAAAGGAACUCUCUAUGGAUGGUGGAUUUACAGGGGGAGGUGUUGGAGGAGAUUCCUCUGGAAGAUCCAGACUCCUACUGUGCCUACAGCGCCACCGGCACCGCCACGGGGGGCAUGGUGUAUGUAAAUUACGGCCGCCAGCAGGAUUUUGACUGGCUACAGUCUGCGGGAGUGUCUGUGGUUGGUUGCGUGGUAGUGAUGCGUGUGGGGGGCGGGGUUAGUUAUGCUGAGAAGGUGCUAUUGGCUCAGAAGGCUGGAGCAGGCGGAGCCUUGAUCUACCCAGAUCCUGCUGACAUCCCUCAGGACCCUCGACGCCUGGGGCUGAACAGUUACACCGCUAUAUCAGAACACGUCCAUCUGGGAUCAGGUGACCCCUUCACCCCUGGCUUCCCCUCCUUCAACCACACCCAGUUCCCGCCCACACAGUCCUCUGGCCUGCCUGUCAUCCCUGCUCAGCCAAUCAGUGCCAACGUAGCCUCCAAGCUACUCAGUCAGUUGACCGGUCCAGUGUGCCCGCGCGGUUGGCAAGGCCGGCUGCCAUACGUCCGUUGUGUCCUGGGGCGGGGCUUCACCUCUGCAGACGGCAGGAGGAUCAGGAUGGGGGUCUAUAACACCAUGACUCCUGUUCUACUGAACAACAUCUUCUCUUCUCUGGAGGGAAGGAUAGAACCUGACCAGUACAUUAUAAUGGGGGCCCAGAGAGAUGCGUGGGGGCCGGGGGCGGUGAAGGCCGGGGUUGGAACAGCCAUCCUACUGGAGCUGGCUCGGACCUUCAGCAACAUGGUGCAGAACGGUUUCUACCCCAGGAGAAGUCUGUUGUUUGUCAGUUGGGACGCUGGAGACUUUGGGAACGUUGGUGCCACAGAGUGGUUGGAGGGUUACCUGUCCAUGCUACACCUGAAGGCUGUGGCGUACUUCAGUCUGGACCAGGCGGUUAUGGGUGAUGAUAACCUGUCGGCCUACACUAGUCCUCUACUGCUCGAUCUAAUAGAAUCAGCCAUCAAACAGGUGGAGCAUCCUAAACACACAGGCCAGACCAUCUACAGCCAGGCAGAGAAAGAGGGGGCAGCUGGAAGAUGUGGUAUUAAGCCAUUGUAUCUGAACAGCGGGGCAUAUAGUUUCACAGCCUUUGGAGGAGUUCCUGCUAUGGAGCUACGCUUCAAUGAGGACUCCCGCCCCUACCCGUUUGUCAACACCCCAUUGGACACCUCCGGGCGACUCCAGGAAGUCCUGGGGGGUCGUCUGGGGGUCGUAGGGCGGAGCCUAGGAGAGCUGGUUGGUCUGAUGGUGCUGCGAUUGGCUCACGACCACAUCCUGCCUCUACGCAUCACUACCUACUCCCAUACUGCACUGCAGUUCAGCGCCCAGCUCAACAAGCACUCUGCCGAGCUACAGGCUCGUGGUCUCUCUCCUCAGUGGGUGUUCAGUGCUAGAGGAGACUACAGCAGAGCAGCUGAGACCCUGCAGGAGGCCAUACUGAACUCUGAUGUACAGGACGAGACUAUGACACGUAUCUACAACACACGCAUGAUGAGGGUAGAGUAUUACUUCCUGUCCCAGUACGUGUCUGUGGUUGAGACUCCGUUCCGUCACGUUUUGCACGGUCGGGGGGAACACACUCUGAGUGCUCUCACCGAACACCUUUCUCUACUGACCUCCGACCCCAGGCGCUUCAACGAGGCCCUUUUCCGAAGGCAACUGGCCCUGUUCACCUGGACACUGCAGGGAGCAGCCAACGCUCUGAGUGGAGACAUUUGGAACAUAGACAAUGUCUUCUAACAUAAACACAUGUAGAGAUGCAUACACAGAGACACUAUACACACACAGACACUAUACACACACACACACACACACACACACACACACACACACACACACACACAUUACACUCACACUAUACACACACUAUCUCACACUCUCUGUCCUGUCAGUAUUUCUGGUAUAGGCAGACAGACACCUCUCUGUCCUGUCAGUAUUUCUGGUGUAGGCAGACAGACACCUCUCUGUCCUGUCAGUAUUUCUGGUGUAGGCAGACAGACACCUCUCUGUCCUGACAGUAUUUCUGGUGUAAGCAGACAGACACCUCUCUGUCCUGUCCGUAUUUCGGGUGUAGGCAGACAGACACCUCUCUGUCCUGUCCGUAUUUCUGGUGUAGGCAGACAGACACCUUUCUGUCCUGACAGUAUUUCUGGUGUAGGCAGACAGACACCUCUCUGUCCUGACAGUAUUUCUGGUGUAGGCAGACAGACACCUCUCUGUCCUGGCAGUAUUUCUGGUGUAGGCAGACAGACACCUCUCUGUCCUGGCAGUAUUUCUGGUGUAGGCAGACAGACACCUCUCUGUCCUGGCAGUAUUUCUGGUGUAGGCAGACAUACACCUCUCUGUCCUGUCAGUAUUUCUGGUGAAGGCAGACAGACACUUCUCUCUCUUCUCUGAGGGGGUGUGUCUAAUUAAUCUGAAGAUGAGUCUCAAAUGGCACACCGUUCAUUAUGUAGUCUACUGCAUAGGGCUCUAGUCCAGUCUACUGCAUAGGGCUCUAGUCCAGUCUACUGCAUAGGGCUCUAGUCCAGUCUACUGCAUAGGGCUCUAGUCUAGUAUAC